AUGUUCAAAUCGGCAGUAUUUAACCUAGAAGAAGCAUCCAAAGAACAAUUCCAGGAAUUUCUUAAUUCAUUUGAUACAGUCUUGUCAGAUUGUGAUGGUGUAUUAUGGAUAAAUAAUAAUGCAAUUCCUGGCUCAGCAGAUGUAAUGAAUUACUUUCGGAAACUGGGGAAGCGAGUUUUCUAUGUUACAAAUAAUUCAACAAAGAUAAGAGCUGACUUUGCAGUUAAGGCUCAAGAAUUAGGAUUUAUUGCUGAACCGGAGGAAAUUCUAUCCACUGCAUAUUUAGUGGCUCACUACCUCAAAGGAAUAGGUUUCAAAAAGAAAGUCUACCUUAUUGGAUCAAAUGGUAUUGGGGAUGAACUAAAAGCUGUCGGAAUCAGGCACACAGGAGUUGGGCCCGACAAUGUGAAGCCAGAUUUCAAAUCAAUGACUCAAGCCGAUUUAGACCCUGAAGUUGGUGCUGUAGUGGUGGGUUUCGAUGAACAUGUGAGCUAUCCUAAAUUUAUGAAAGCUGCAUCUUACCUUGCAAAUGAUGAAUGUCUCUUUGUGGCCACGAAUACAGACGAGAGGUUCCCUAAAUCCACUUCAAUUAUUGUGCCGGGAACUGGAACUCUAGUAAGAGCCGUUGAAACAUGUUCGGAAAGAAAGGCUUUGGUAUUGGGCAAACCAAAUGAUUAUGUGCGGAAAUUCCUUGAAUCUUUUGGUUUGGAUCCUGCAAGAACUCUUAUGAUUGGUGAUCGGUGCAACACAGACAUCGAAUUUGGAGUGCGAUGUGGUUUCCAAACCUUGUUGGUUUUAACAGGGGUCACAUCAACUAAGGACUUGGAGAAGAUGCGUACUGAAAGAAAGCAACCUUUACCUGACGUAGUAUUGCCUAAAUUAGAGUUUGGAGAGAAAGGGUGCCUACAAAGAAGGGCCAGACCCCAGGGAUGA